AUGGCUCCUCACUCCGUUCCCGAGUGGACCAUAGUGGACUUCAUACAUCAUGGCCCUUGGUGGACCAAUCGUGGUAUCCUGCUACUGAAUCUAUGUCUAUUUCUCCCUCUCCUCACGUCGUCUGUGAAUGGACUAGACUCGUCACUCAUUAAUGGACUACAAAUUUUACCUGACUGGCAGGAUUUCUUCGGGCAUCCUGAAGGCGUCACCUUAGGCGUCAUUCAGUCAGCACAAAAUAUGGGGGCUUUCCUUUGCCUUCCAUUGACGCCCUUCGCUGCCGAUAUCUUAGGGCGUAGGGCAGCCUUGUUCAUUGGAUCCAUUAUCUUGCUAUCUGGAGUUGCAAUCCAGUUUUCGGCAUCCUCUGUGAAAGUUUUCAUCGUUGCUAGGGUUCUACUCGGUUGCGGUUUGGCAUUCUGUACGAACUCAGCACCUCUUCUCCUGCUUGAACUGGCCUACCCAACUCAGAGAGGGAAGAUCACGUCUUUCUACAACUCAAGUUGGUACUUCGGCAGUAUAAUUUCAGCAUGGGUUUGCUACGGGUCCUUCAUCCAUGCCAAAGGAAGCAUGUGGUCGUGGCGUGUCCCCACGCUCAUUCAAGCGGUUGCACCGUUGUUGCAGGUCUGCUUAAUAUGGUUUACCCCAGAAAGCCCUCGCUAUCUGGUAUCGAAGGGUUACGAAGGAAAAGCAGCGCGUAUUCUCGCCAAGUACCACGCGAAUGGCGGAGACGAGCGUGACCCUCUCGUGGUGUUUGAACUUGCACAAAUUAGGCAUGCCCUUCGAAUAGAGGAGGACAUCAAUAAAAGUACUUCCUAUUUGUCCUUAGUGUCUACUCCCGGUAACAGAAAGAGGAUGAUGCUCGUUGUGGCCAUCGCCAUCUUCUCUCAGUGGAGUGGCAAUGGUUUGGUCUCAUACUACAUCAACUUGGUUCUUGAAGGAGUCGGUAUUACGAAGCCUGAGACAAAGGCCGCAAUCAACGGUGGCCUCCAGGUCUUCAACCUUGUCGUCGCGUUGUCUGCCGCUUCUCUUAUCGACUGGGUAGGUCGACGCAUGCUAUUCAUCAUUUCGAACUCUGGCAUGUUAGUCGCAUUCGGCUGUUGGACUAUCACCGAAGCUCUUUUCAACGAAUUCAAAAAAGCGUCUGCCGCAAAGGCUACCAUCCCGCUCAUCUUCCUCUUCUAUUUCUUUUACGGCAUAGCAUAUACCCCAAUGCUUGUCGCUUAUACCCUGGAAAUUCUUCCAUAUAAAAUUCGAGCCAAAGGGUUCGCCGUCAUGAAUAUCGCAAUCAUGUUAACAUCCGCUUUCAAUCAGUGUGUUAAUCCAUGGGCGAUCGAGGCCAUCGGAUGGUGGUAUUACAUCGUCUAUUGUGGAUGGCUUGUCAUUGAAUUGGUGUUCGUGGUGGCCUUCGUAGUGGAAACCAAAGGUCGCACCCUCGAAGAAACUGCUGCCCUGUUCGACGGCGACGAGCAGCCGCAAGAUCUGGCCAACAUGGGAGGCGAAGCCGCUACCUUGACGAUGAACCGGGGCCUGGCUCUUCAGGAGAGACCAUUGAGUCGCUCCGAUGACGGAGACCACAAGGACGAGGGCUUCUCGAGUUCCCGACCCAUGCUGAUGGUAACGAUAGAACGCACUGUCUACAGCACGGACUCUGAAGUAGGAAGAGCGAUCUGA